UGCUGUGGAGAGUCUUUCUGGUCGUUCUUGAAGUUUUCCUACCCCCAAAGGAAAGCACACAUCCGCAAGGAACGAUGACGGCGAGUUACGCCCCACGACGGAGUGACGAGAGAACACCGCUUCUCGUAUCCCAUACGCCCUAUCACUCUACAAAUCCGCAUUCGUCUACCCUGUACUCGACAUUGUCCUCUUCCUGCCCGACGAGUCCCCUCCCAAGCCGCGACGACGAUAACACACCACUCAUAUAUUCUAUACCACCUCGCUUGUCUACAUCCGAGUUACAAGGUUACUACGACGAUGAUCCACCACCAUACUAUGAAGCCGAGGAGCGACAGGACUUGUUACCUACAUACGGCGAAGUUGUGCCACCUGCAGCAAACUUUUCAGAAUUUGAGGAGGACGAUUGGAUGGAACGUUGGGGAGGCUACUUCUUUUCUGCCUUUUUUGUGUUGAUGUUUGCUGGUGCAACCUUAGUAGCGUUGCUUCCACUGGGGUUCUCUAGUCCAGAUUCGCCAUCGCUACCAAGCGACCUUCCCUUCCAUGCCACUGCACCACUAUCGAACAAUCCAGACGUCUCUGCUAUCAUCGCUCAAGUCCCCAGACUUUCCGAAUCAUCAUCAUCCUCGGUACACCCAUUGGCCUCAGUGCAAUCAGUUACCGAAACUGAUUCCGGAUCAGCUGAAUUGGAUCUGAGAGAGGCCGAUCCAUCUGUGAGACUACUGCGAAGACGAAAAGAGCGGAUACGACAGCGGACUGAAUAGAUUUGACCCGAGUAUUUAGCACUCAUACUCGUUGUAUAUAUCAAUCUUUUUUUUUCUUUUUAAAUUGAAACCACAUUGACUUUGACAAUACCA